CCAAGAAAAGUGGAGUGAAAAAAAAAAGGCAAUAAAAAACAAUCCAACAAGAUAACGCAGGUAACAGAUAGAUCAAAGCCCAAGUUUUGGUCUGAAAUCCUUCUUCCAAGUUGGUGUGCUUCACGGGAUGUCUGAGGGAGGACAAUAAAUUAUGUAAAUUGUUAGUGGUUAAGGAUUGAGAGAGACAAAUUGGGUUGUUUUUUUUUUUCUGGGUUUGGUGAGUUUUGGAGAUGGCAGGUGGUGGGUGUAGCAUAGUAUGGUUUAGGAGAGAUCUGAGGGUAGAGGAUAACCCAGCACUAUUAGCUGGUGUGAGAGCAGGUGCUGUGGUUGCAGUAUUUAUAUGGGCACCCGAAGAGGAGGGUCACUACAACCCAGGGAGGGUUUCAAGGUGGUGGAUUAAGCACAGCUUGGCUCACCUUGAAUCUUCCCUGAGGAGCCUUGGCACAACCCUCCUAACCAAGAGGUCAGCUGACAGUGUGGCCACUCUUCUUGAGAUUGUCAAAUCUACUGGUGCUACUCAGCUCUUCUUCAACCACUUAUAUGAUCCCAUGUCCCUCGUCAGGGAUCACAGGGCAAAAGAGGUUUUAGGUGCUCAUGGUGUUGCUGUUCGUUCCUUCAAUUCGGAUUUACUCUACGAACCGUGGGAUGUUAAUGAUGCCCAAGGUCACCCUUUCACAACUUUUACUGCUUUCUGGGAAAGAUGCCUUAGCAUGCCUUAUGAUCCAGAGGCUCCACUUCUACCACCAAAACGGAUAAUUUCAGGUGAUGUAUCUAGGUGCCCUUCAGAUAGUUUGAUGUUUGAAGACGAAUCUGAGAAGGGAAGUAAUGCCCUUCUUGCUCGAGCAUGGUCACCGGGGUGGAGUAAUGCUGAUAAAGCUUUGACCACAUUCCUAAAUGGAGCAUUAAUUGAGUACUCAACGAAUCGUAGAAAGGCAGAUGCUGCUACAACCUCAUUUCUCUCCCCCCACCUUCAUUUUGGGGAGGUAAGUGUUAGAAAAGUCUUCCAUCUUGUUCGGAUCAAGCAGGUCUUGUGGGCCAAUGAAGGGAACAAGGCUGGUGUAGAGAGUGUGAACUUGUUUCUGAAGUCAAUUGGCCUUAGAGAGUAUUCAAGAUACAUGAGUUUUAACCAUCCUUACAGUCAUGAACGACCUCUUCUAGGGCACCUUAAGUUUUUUCCUUGGGUUGUUGAUGAAGGCUAUUUUAAGGCAUGGAGACAAGGUAGAACUGGUUAUCCGUUAGUGGAUGCUGGUAUGAGAGAAUUGUGGGCCACAGGUUGGCUGCAUGAUCGUAUAAGAGUUGUAGUUGCCAGUUUCUUUGUGAAGGUCCUGCAACUUCCAUGGAGAUGGGGAAUGAAAUACUUCUGGGAUACAUUAUUGGAUGCAGAUUUAGAAAGCGAUGCUCUUGGUUGGCAAUAUAUAUCUGGUACUCUCCCAGAUAGCCGCGAGUUGGAUCGCAUAGACAAUCCACAGUUUGAGGGUUACAAGUUCGACCCCAAUGGAGAAUAUGUGCGGCGGUGGCUUCCUGAGCUGGCCAGACUACCAACAGAAUGGAUACACCACCCAUGGAAUGCGCCUGAAUCUGUACUUGAAGCUGCCGGAAUUGAGCUGGGAUCAAAUUACCCCCUUCCAGUCGUAGGGAUAGAUGCAGCAAAAGUCAGGUUGCAACAAGCACUUUCAGCUAUGUGGCAGCAAGAAGCAGCUUCAAGAGCUGUAAUGGAGAAUGGGACCGAGGAAGGGCUUGGGGAGUCCACUGAAUCAGCACCAUUUGCUUUUCCCCAAGAUACCCUGAUGGAGGAGAACCAUGAACCUGUGAGGAACAAUCCUCCUGCUACAAUUCGACGUUACGAGGAUCAGAUGGUUCCAAGUAUUACUUGUUCUUUGGUGAGAGUUGAAGAGGAAGAAACUUCUUCAGUUCGAAAUUUUGCAGAAGAAGGCAGAGCAGAAGUUCCAAGAGAUAUACAUGUCAAUCAAGAGCCAACAAGAGACCCCCUAAACCAAGAGGUUACACAAAAUCGUCUAGGUAAUAGCACAAUGCCACAGUUCAAUAUCACGAUUGCACUGGGGAAUGCUGAAGAUUCCACAGCAGAAUCUUCGAGUAGUGGUAAUGGUCAGAGAGAAAGGGAUGGGGGUGUAGUUCCGGUUUGGUCUCCUCCAACUUCUAGUUUCUCAGAGCAUUUUGUUGGGGAUGAAAAUGGCAUCGGAACUAGUUCAUCAUACUUACAGAGUCAUCCACAAUCUCACCAGAUAAUGUCGUGGAGGCGGCUUUCUCAAACAGGGUAAACGGAUGUGCAUUGAGACUAAAUCCUGGGGUUGAAGGACGCAAUGGUGCUUAUGGUUGCUUGAUGAGUCUCUGUCUGCAGUUUUCUUACUUCACCAACCGAACUUGAUGGAAUGCUGACAACCGAUGUGUAUGAUUGUCGAAAAUGAUAAAUGCAUCCCAACUGCUAUCCUUUUUCAUUGACGUACAAUAUAUGUAGAUUUUUUUCCUGUAUAGUAUUUGUCAAUUCUUAUAAGGCAGAGGAGCAUCAAUGUAGGUAUGUGUAGUCCUCUAAUAAAUGCAAAGUGUGCCCUUUCUUGUUUACUUGAUUGGUUGGGUAUUUGAUUACACUUUAUGUUUGCGUUAUGUUAGAAUAUGUACGAAUGAUGUGAAAUGUCUCAGCUAUUGAAUAGAAAAGUACCUAAUGUUAGCAGAGCAGAA